UUGAGCCGAAUGAUUUUGUUUAUACCUAAACAAGCAGCUUUGAGCUACGGACCCUCAAGUGGUUUUCUGGGAGGAGCACAGUUUCCAACGCUGUCUCUUACUAAUGUUAUCAUCGCCAAUCUUUGUCUUCGUUCUGACAAAACAGACAUGACAACAAAAGUACAGCCAAUUUAGCAGGAAACAAACGUUGUAGCAUGUAGGCAUAAAUACGGAAGAAAGAAGAUGAAUAUAUCAUCCCAUUUAAAACAAAACAAACCAAUCUCCAAAACUUGUUUGUCUUGAAGCUUUAGAUGCUUAAGUGGGAAAUGGAGCUAGACUCUGUGAAAAGUGAACUGAGCCCAACAAGUCAUAGGUCUUACAUGAGGGAUGGUGGUGAGAGUAACGCUAGUAAGUGUGGCAAAAGGAGACGAAGAGAUUCUUCUUUGGCCAUCCUAGAAGCCAAUGAACAGCCACAGGGUGAGCGAUCAACAACCACGACCACCACCACAGUAAAGAGAAGCUCGAGAUUUCGGGGGGUUAGCAGACAUAGGUGGACGGGAAGGUUUGAGGCUCAUCUAUGGGAUAAAGGAACAUGGAAUCCAACUCAGAAGAAGAAAGGGAAGCAAGUUUAUCUUGGGGCUUAUACUGAUGAAGCAGCAGCUGCUAGAGCUUAUGAUUUAGCUGCCCUAAAGUACUGGGGAACUUCAACUUUCACAAAUUUCCCUGUUUCAGAGUAUGAGAAAGAGAUUGAGAUCAUGAGAACUGUAACAAAAGAAGAAUACCUUGCUUCACUAAGAAGGACAAGUAGUGGUUUUUCUAGAGGCGUGUCAAAGUACAGAGGAGUAGCAAGGCAUCAUCACAAUGGAAGAUGGGAAGCAAGAAUAGGGAGAGUAUUUGGCAACAAAUACCUCUACCUUGGGACUUACAGUACACAAGAAGAGGCUGCUCGUGCAUACGACAUCGCAGCAAUUGAGUACAGAGGCAUAAAUGCAGUGACUAAUUUUGACUUGAGUACAUACAUCAGAUGGCUAAGACCUGGAGGACCUUCUACUUGUUUAUUAGAGGGAAGGCCAAGCAGAGAUCCUCAGAAUAUGACAGCCUCAAACCUUGUCCAAUCAGAAGGAACCACUGAGGUAUCCAACUUCAUCUUCCAUCCAUUCCCAGCAGGUGACUCUGACAUCAGUACGAAGAAGCAAGGCAGUACACAGUACAUGAGCUCUAUAAGUGCUUGCAACACUAGGUCAUCUUCCCCAACAGCACUAGGGAUUCUCCUGAAAUCCUCAGUAUUUAGAGAGCUGAUGCAGAGGAAUCUGGACUCUACUAACGAAGAAGCAGAAGAAAGUGAAUUGAAAAUCCCACAGGAUGACAGUGAUGGGGUUGGAAUGGCUUUUGAUCGUGAAAUUGCAAGUGCUUCUUUCUUAUGCCCCUCCAGUAGCAGCAGAUUUUGCAUGGAGUCACCAGAAGAAAGCACGUGGCCAUUGUAUCAUAAAACCACACAAUCCCUAUGGAAUGGUGCUUUGAACUGACUGUAUAGGUGUGAGGUUUUUGCUACUCAGUUGAGAGAAAAAUCUUCCCUUGGAAUACAAGCGGACGCCAAAUAAUUGAUAAUUUGUGCAUGUUGCGACCUUUUCUGUUCAUAAAUGGGAUUGCUCCUAUAACUGUAGAGCGCAAGCACAUAAUCUCUGUAAUUUUUUUUUGCAGAUCCUAGGGGGAAAGAUAAUUAAUUUUCUCCUAUAAGGCAAUAAAUGAUUGGAG